AUGGUAUCCGCUUGGCAGGGCUUCGGCUGGACGGCUCAGCUCUUCACCUCCAUCAGUACCCUGGACGUCCUGGUGAUAGUGUUGUACUUCCUGUUGGUUCUGGGCAUCGCGCUGUGGGUUAUCCUGUCGUGCAGUCGUGGGACGGUAGAGGACUUCUUCCUGGCUGGACGGAACCUGGUGUGGUGGCAGAUAGGUGCUUUUCUUUUUGCCUCAAAUAUUGGCACUGGCCACUUUAUGGGUCUGGCUGGAAAAGGGGUGUCUUCAGGGAUCGCUGUUGGGGCCUUCGAGUGGAACGCUGCGUUCAUCCUCUGUGCUCUUGGCUGGGUGUUUUCUCCUGUUUACAUGAAGUCUGGGGUAGUGACGCUGCCCAGAUACUUGAGGAAGAGGUUUGGUGGCUACCGGAUCCAGCUCCUCCUCGCCAUUCUGUACUUACUCAUCCAUAUCUUCAGUAAGAUCUCGGUGGAGAUCUGCACGGGCGCCGUGUUCAUGAGGCUGCUGCUGGGGCUGGAUGUUUACCUGGCCUCCAUGGUUCUGCUGUCAGUUACCGGCAUAUACUCCAUCACAGGUGGCUUUGCAGCCGUGGUUUACACUGACAUCUUACACGCCAGCUUCAUGGUUCUGGGCUCUGUCUUCUUAAUGGUCUAUGCCUUUAACGAGAUAGGUGGAUACCAGGAGCUCGAGAGCAGGUACCCGGAGGCCAAGCCAGCCCUCACCUGGGAAGGGAACUGGACUGCCCCAGUGGAGUGCUUCAUGCCGCGCGCGGACGCCUUCCAUAUCUUCCGAGACCCCAUCACUGGAGACAUCCCCUGGCCUGGGGUCAUCUUUGGCCUCUCCACCAUUUCCUUGUACUACUGGUGCACCGACCAGACUUUCGUCCAGGGCUGCCUGGCAGGGAAGAACUUGUCCCACGUGAAAGGCGGCUGUGUCCUGUGUGGGUUCCUGAAGCUGCUGCCCAUGUUCAGCAUCGUCAUGCCAGGAAUGAUCAGCCGCGUCCUGUACACAGAUAAGGUGGCGUGUGCGGUGCCUUCAGAGUGUAAGAAGUACUGUGGCAUCCAAGCCAGCUGCAGCCCCAUCGCCUACCCCCUGCUGAUGCUGGAGCUGCUGCCUAGCGGCAUUCGCGGCUUGGUGGUGUCUGCCCUCUGGGCCUCUCUCAUGUCCUCCCUGACUGCUGUUUUCAGUAGCGCCAGCGCUGUGUUCACCAUGGACAUCUACCCCCACAUCCGGCCAACGGCCACGAGGAAGGAGCUCAUGAUAACAGGAAGGUUUUUCGUUAUAGUCUUGCUCGCUGUCUCCAUCGCCUGGGUCCCUGCUCUGCAAGUGGCUCACAGGGAGCAGCUGUUUGAGUACAUGCACUCGGUGCUGAGCUACCUGACGCCCCCCGUGGCUGCCGUGUUCCUGCUGGCCAUAUUUUGCAAGAGAGUCACUGAGCAGGGCGCCUUCUGGGGGCUGGCCAGCGGCCUUGUGAUCGGCUCCGUCCGCAUGCUGGCCGAGCUUGCCUACGGGCCCUGGAGCUGCUCCGAGAACAGGAGGUGCCCCCGGGCCAUCUGCGGCGUGCAUUACCUCUACUUCGCCGUGGCCCUCUUCACCGUCAGCCUCCUCACCGUCCUGGGCGUCUCCAUGUUCACCGUGCCGAUUCCAGACAAACACCUCCACCGCCUCUGUUGGAGUUUGCGGAACAGCCAGGAAGAGAGGGUGGACCUAGACGAGGACACAGAGGUGAAGAGCCCCAAGCCCCAGGCAGAGCCAGACAUGUUCGUAGAGGACAGGGGCUGCCUCUGGAAGGCCUGGGACGUGUUCUGUGGCCUGGAGUUGCUGCCCAGCCCCAAGCUGGCCCCGGAAGAGGUGGUCGUGCCUGAGACAGAGCAGGAUGACGUGCUUGAAGGCACGGCGCACGGCGCCACGUCGGGAGGGCCGGAGCAGCAGGAGGCGCUGGAGGAGCAGCUCCUCUGGGGCAAGGUGCUCGGCCUCUGCGGGCUCCUCCUGCUGCUGCUCACGGGGCUCUGCCACGUCUACUUCUACUAA